CUCGCCUCCGGCUUCACUCCAACAGUUUGCCUUCGUCUCCGUGUGACAACGAGGGACACCUCUAACAAACCGUGUUACCGACAUGUCUCUCGGAAAAGUUGCCCGCAGUUUGGUGAGACCGGCCCGGGGCGUCCUGCGGCCCUCCGCCGCGGCUCUGAACCGGAGCUACGCGGCCGUGGCUGAAGCCAGAGCGGUGCUGGAGAGCGAGCUCGACGGUAUCCGAGCGGCGGGGACGUGGAAGGCGGAGAGGAUCAUCACGUCAAAGCAGGGACCGCAGAUCAACGUGGACGGCAAUCACAGCAGCAUAUUGAAUUUCUGUGCCAACAACUACCUCGGACUGUCGAGCCACCCAGAGGUGGUGCAGGCGGGGAUCGAUGCUCUGAAGACAUAUGGUGCUGGAUUGAGCUCUGUCAGAUUCAUCUGUGGCACACAGGAUCUGCACAAAAACCUGGAGCAGAAGCUGGCAGAGUUUCAUGAGAGGGAGGACUGCAUCCUCUAUGCUAGCUGCUUUGAUGCUAACGCUGGACUGUUUGAGGUUCUGUUGGGCCCAGAUGACGCCGUGCUGUCUGACGAGCUAAACCACGCCUCCAUCAUCGAUGGGAUCCGUCUGUGUCGAGCGAAGAGGCUGCGCUACAAACACAUGGACCUCAGUGAUCUGGAGACCAAGCUCAAAGAGGCUCAGUCGUCUCGGAUGCGCCUGGUAGUGACAGAUGGCGUCUUCUCUAUGGAUGGAGACGUGGCUCCGUUACCAGGAAUCUGCGACCUGGCUGAGCAGUACGGAGCCAUGGUGUUUAUAGAUGAAUGCCACGCCACCGGCUUCCUGGGGCCCCGAGGCAGAGGAACAGACGAGCUGCUGGGAGUGAUGGACAGAGUUCACAUUAUAAACUCCACCCUGGGGAAAGCACUGGGAGGAGCUGCUGGUGGAUACACAGUCGGUCCGAAGCCGCUCAUUGACCUGCUGAGGCAGCGCUCGCGGCCGUACCUGUUCUCCAACUCCCUCCCCCCUCCUGUGGUGGGCUGUGCCACCCGGGCCGUGGAGCUGCUGCUCGCCUCCAACGAGAUCUCUCAGAGCAUGACGGCCAAAACCAUGAGGUUCAGGAACAAGAUGACGCAGGCUGGCUUCACCAUCGCAGGCUCGGCUCACCCCAUCUGUCCUGUGAUGCUGGGAGACGCACGGCUGGCCUCUGUGAUGGCCGAUGAUAUGCUGAAGCUUGGAAUCUAUGUAAUCGGAUUCUCCUACCCAGUCGUACCAAAGGGCAAAGCCAGGAUCCGCGUUCAGAUCUCAGCCGCCCACACAGACGAAGACAUCGACCGCUGCGUCGACGCUUUCAUCCAGACGGGCAGAAAACACGGAGUCGUCUCCUGAAGGCAACAGAUGAGCAGGGAUCAGGAAGACUCAGCUGCCAGUGUGUGAAUCACUGAACAAUGAAGCGCUUGCUCGUACAGAUUGUGCUGCCUGUUACUGAUGACCUAUGGAUGAUGGUGAUGGAAAUAUUAUUAACAUUUGUAGGUCAGCGGAGGUUAAUGUUAUGUUUGUGUCUGCUCGGCUGAAUAAAGCACUUUUGCUAACA